AGGCUGUAUGAGGUUCUAAGUGAGAAUUCUGUCAUUGCUGCCAGUGAUGGCUUUGGAAAAAGAUGCCUGUCCCACUUCACCGAAACUGGACGACAGUGGUGCAGCAGGGAACGAAUCUAAGCCUGCCAAUAAGUGUGAUGACGUUCACUUGCCACGGUUCUCAAUAAAGCAAAGCAUGUUCCCAUCACGUUACGUUAUGCCUUGGAAAGAAAACAUGAAAUUCAGGAAUGUGAAUCUGCAGCAAGCAGAUGCGUGUGGGAUCUAUGCUGGCCCCUUGGAAGAUUCUCUGUUCUGGGGUCACAGUGAGCGGCUUUGCCAUGGGGAAGAUCGGAAAGUCAUCAUGAAGAAAGGCCCACCGGAGAUAAAGAUUGCCGACAUGCCUUUGCAUUCGCCUCUCUCCAGAUACCAGAGCACCGUGAUCUCCCAUGGCUUCAGGAGGCGACUGAUCUAAUGGGCUGACCUGGGUGCAGCGGUGUGCUUGCCCAACACACAUCUUUAGAGGCUCAGGGUUCUAACCCUCAUUACUACUAAAAAGAAUAAAACGGUAAAGUAGUUCAA